AGCCCAUGUUACCCGUUGUUGUUAUCAGUGUAAUGGCACGCACCUGCUGCGCUCAAUGCCAUGUGGCGUCAGUAUAGAUAACUACGUCGCAGUUUUGAAUAAUUUUACAAAGAAGAGAUAAAAGACAAGAAAAAGUGGCUAGAUUCUUGAAAUUUGGGCUUGAAGUAGGCUACAUCUGGGUGGUCUGGUUUUCAGCUAAAAAGCCCUGCGGUCUUUCUCUGGUACGCCGGCACAAUGCGUGCGUUCUCCCGCCGUCACACCCUUCCCUUUAAGCUUGCCGUUCUAGCAGGCUGCCUCUUCCUGGUCCUACUGCUCGUCAUGCAGUAUGACGUGGGAGGUGGGACUUCCCCUGAACCCUGGCUCCGAGAGCUGUCGAACAAACAGUCACAGGUGAUGGGUGUGGUCAGAGGUGCUGUGUCAAACAUGGGCUUCCAGAUUGGUGCCCCCCUGCCCCUUCCCUCAGAGCGUGGGACCAACUCCGUUGAUCCCCGCUGUCCACCUGGGUUCUAUAGCAUAGAUGAGCUUCAACCUCACCUGGAGAGGCCCCUACAGGACCCAGAGGACCCCGGAGCCUAUGGCCGACCGUUUGUGAUGGGCAGGAUGACCCCUGCAGAGAUUAAAGAGAAGCAGGAUGGGCUGACCAAAAAUUGUUUCAACCAAUUUGCCAGCGACCGUAUCUCCCUUCACCGCAGCCUGGGAAAUGACACGCGCCACCCAGAUUGUGCAGGUCAAAGGUUCCGGCGCUGCCCUCCUCUCCCCACCACCAGUGUGAUCAUCGUGUUCCACAAUGAGGCGUGGUCCACCCUCCUGCGGACCGUUUACAGCGUCCUGCACACUGCUCCUGCCUCCCUGCUUACAGAGAUAUUACUGGUGGAUGACGCUAGCACAGACGAUCACCUGAAGUCUCGUCUGGAUGAGUAUGUCCUGCAGCUGAAGAUUGUGCGUGUGCUACGACAGCGGGAGAGGAAGGGAUUAAUCACUGCCAGGCUACUGGGGGCACAGACUGCUCAAGGAGAGAUCCUCACCUUCCUGGAUGCCCACUGUGAGUGCUUCAAUGGCUGGCUGGAACCCCUCCUGGCUCGGAUAGUGGAGAAGCCCACUGCUGUGGUCAGCCCUGAGAUAGUCAUCAUUGACCAAAACAACAUGAAGUUCGCCAAACCCAUCGCCACAGCUCGUGCCCGUAACCGUGGAAACUUUGACUGGAGCCUUAUCUUUGGGUGGGAGCAGAUCCCUGAGGAAGACCAAAAGAAACGCAAGAAUGAAACUUAUCCUGUCAGGACUCCUACCUUUGCAGGUGGUCUGUUCUCUAUUUCUAAGACUUACUUUGAGCACAUUGGGACCUAUGACGACAAGAUGUUGAUCUGGGGAGGUGAGAAUGUGGAGAUGUCCUUCAGGGUGUGGCAAUGUGGAGGCCAGCUGGAGAUCAUACCCUGCUCAGUGGUGGGACAUGUAUUCCGCAGUAAGAGCCCUCACACCUUCCCCAAAGGCAGGUCGGUGAUUGCCCGCAACCAGGUGCGUCUAGCCGAGGUCUGGAUGGAGGACUACAAGCAGAUCUUCUACCGCAGGAACAAGAAGGCUGCCACCAUAGCCAAAGAGAACACAUAUGGUGACAUCUCUGAACGCCUCGAACUCAAAGAGAAGCUAAGCUGCAAAAACUUUACAUGGUACUUGCACAACGUUUACCCAGAGGCCUAUGUUCCAGACCUCACCCCUGUCAUGUUUGGAGCGCUCAAGAACUCUGGCUCAAAGACAUGCCUGGAUGUGGGAGAAAAGAAUAAGGGUGGGAAACCGGUUAUCUUAUACACAUGCCACAACAUGGGAGGAAACCAGUAUUUUGAGUACACAUCCCACCAGGAGCUUCGUCACAACAUAGGUAAGCAGCUGUGUCUACAUGCGACCCCCGGGGCGGCGCCGGUGUCCAUAAAGCUCUGCCGCCUGAAGGGCAAAGGAACCACAGUGGCCCCGGCGCAAGUGUGGCAUUUUACACCGGGUUCUCUCCUUAAGAAUCCCUCCUCGGGCAAAUGCUUGACUGUAGACGGAGGGGAAGUGGUGAUGAGUAGCUGUGACUUGGCCAAUCUCAGCCAACACUGGGACCUCAGCUGACCAAUGGGAUCCAGGGAGGAAGGAGGAUCACUGACAUCAUCCAUUACAUUUGGGAGCCCUGCCCUUUUUGAUGACAACACAUGUAUUUCUGAAAUAUGGGACCCUGUGCAGUUUGACCCAGUACUUUAUUUCUUUAUUUACUAAAGAAGUUGAAAAGUU